UUAAUUUUCAAGCUGUUUCUGACCCAGAUUAAAUGGCUACCUAAAGUUAGCCAUCCUAACGUUAACGAUAACUUCAUAUGUGCGAUUAAUUGGCUUGCUUUGCAUUGUUAUGACAGUUCGUGUAUUUUUGGCUUGAGUAAAUGCAACGCACACAUUUACGGCUGCUCCGCGGUAAAGUCGAAUACGACAGAACGAUGUCCGCCUUAUCCUCUCAAACCAACUUCUCGUUAGCAUUCGAGUCACAGGCAAAGCUCGGGGACAUCUGAGGAGUCACGUUAGCAACGGUGGCAGGUACCGUAGCAACUGCAGACGCUUGCUUCAUCUCCCAGAGCUGCCUAAGAGGAGCCUGCCUCGUCUAUUUUUAAGGAAAAUCAACCGCGGAAACCUUCGCCAUGAGACUGAAAACAUCGCUGUUAAAGGAGCCCAAACAUAAGGAACUUGCCAGUUGUGUAGGCUGGACCACAGCAGAUGAACUGUACUCAUGCAGUGAGGACCACCAGAUCCUUAAGUGGAACCUGCUCACCAGUGAGACCAGUCUGGUCGUAAGAUUGCCAGAAGAUAUUUUUCCCAUUGACCUUCACUGGUUCCCCAAAACGAUUGGCGGCAAGAAACAGACCCAGGCUGAGAUCUUUGUUGUCACCAGCACUGAUGGGAAGUUCCAUCUGGCAUCAAAGACCGGACGCAUUGAGAAGAGCGUUGAAGCACACAAAGGAGCUGUUUUGGCUGGAAGAUGGAACUAUGAUGGUACUGCCUUACUUACAGCUGGAGAAGACGGGCAGAUUAAGAUCUGGUCAAAAAGUGGGAUGCUACGCUCAACUUUAGCAAACCAAGGGUUUCCUGUGUAUUCUGUAGCCUGGGGUUCAGACUCCGACAGGAUCCUAUACACAACAGGAAGACAGUUAGUCAUCAAGCCUCUGCAGCCCAGUGCCAAGGUCACGCAGUGGAAGGCUCAUGAUGGGGUUGUAUUGAAAGUGGACUGGAAUUCUGUCAAUGACCUUAUACUAUCAGGUGGAGAGGACUGUAAAUACAAGGUGUGGGACAGUUUUGGUCGUCUGCUUUACUCAUCGUCGCCUCAUGAUUACCCGAUCACCUCUUUGUCCUGGGCUCCAGACGGAGAAGUGUUUGCUGUGGGCUCCUUUAACACCCUGCGGCUCUGUGACAAGACUGGAUGGUCCUAUGCAUUAGAAAAGCCCAAUACAGGCAGCGUGUUAAGCUUGGCCUGGUCUGCAGACGGCACUCAGCUGGCAGGGGCCUGCGGCAAUGGGCAUGUCAUCUUUGCCCAUGUGGUGGAGCAGCACUGGGAGUGGAAGAACUUCGUGAUCACCCUGACCAAGAGGAGAGCCAUGCAGGUGAGGAAUGUGAUGAACGAUGCUGUGGACGUGUUGGAGUUUAGAGAUCGAGUCAUCAAAGCCUCUCUAGCACACAGUCACCUGGUGGUUACCACUUCUCUUCAGUGCUAUGUAUACAACUCAAGAAACUGGAACACUCCCCUCAUCUUUGACCUGAAGGAAGGAACAGUCAGCCUGAUCUUACAAGCCGAGAAACACUUUCUGCUCGUAGAUGGAGCCGGGCUGUAUACAUACUCUUAUGAGGGGCGCCUGAUAUCCUCCCCCAAGUUCCCCGGUAUGAGGGCUGACAUCCUAAAUGCCCAGGGUGUGUCCCUUAGUAAUGACACCAUCGCUAUCCGGGACAAAAGUGACGAAAAAGUCAUCCUUCUCUUUGAUGCCUUGACCGGAAAAGCCCUUGGUGAUGGGAAACCCCUGACACACAAGCUGGAGGUGGUGGAGAUAGCUCUUGACCAGUGUGGCCCAUCAACUGAAAGGAAGAUUGCACUAAUAGACAAGAACCGCGACCUUUACUUGACUUCUGUGCGUCAUGUUGGGCGAGAACCCAAAGUCUGCAAAAUUGGUAGCAUGGUUCACAGUAUGGCAUGGAAUGAUGCUGCCAACAUCCUGUGUGGAAUCCAGGACAACCAGCUGACGGUGUGGUACUACCCGAGUGUUGUCUUCAUUGACAAGGAGCUGCUGCCCAAAACACUAAACAUUAAGGACGGCAGUGAAUUUAGCCGUGCACCCCACAUUCUGAGCUUCGUCGGCACCAAGAUGACACUACGCCAAGGAGACGGCUCAUUGGUGUACAGCAGCGUACCUCCCUACCCGGGCCUCCUGCAUGAGUACAGCAGCUCUGCACGCUGGGAGGACGCCCUGCGCUUGUGUCGCUUUGCAAAGGACCAGUCGUUGUGGGCUUGUCUUGCUGGUAUGUCCAUGUCAAACAGGGAGCUCACUACAGCAGAGAUGGCCUAUGCUGCUAUUGGAGAGUUACCUAGGGUACAGUACAUCAACUUUAUAAAGGAGCAGCCAUCUAAGGAGUCAUCUUUGGCCCACGUGCUAAUGUUCAGUGGCCAGGUCCAGGAGGCUGAGGCCACUUUGUUACAAGCUGGACUCAUCUACCAAGCCAUACAAAUCAACGUUGACCUUUUCAAUUGGGAGAGGGCUCUGGAGCUGGCAGUCAAACACAAGACCCACGUGGACACCGUGCUGGGUUAUAGAGAGAAGUUCCUACAGAAAUUUGACAGAAAAGAGACUAAUAAGAGAUUUCUGCAGUAUGCUGAAGGGGUUGAGGUAGACUGGGAGAAGAUCCAGGCCAAGAUAGAGAUGGAGCUAUCCAAAGAGAGAGAGCGAGCUGCUAAUGCGUCUGUGAGGAGCAGCGUAGCCUCCCGACGUUGAGCUCGGUGGAGCCUCUCUGACAAAUAUCAGCGGAGCCAAAGUGGAUUUCCAUGUGUAUUUCGGUGAAUAUUGGGCGGUUUGGCUGAGUGGUGUAGAAAUGUCUGUACUUGAGGUACAGCCUCUAUCUCGAGUUUGGAAAUUGCGCUACGAUUCUGUGGCAUCCGCUGUGUGACAUAAAAUAUUUGCACAACAUUGUUGGUGACCUUCUGUUGCUGUGGCUGGAUAAUUGAUCGAUAGGCGUAUUAAACAACACCAUUAUGGCCUUUCUGUCGUGAGCAUUUUAGUGAUUUCUGUGUCCGUGACAUGAACAAAUGUUUUGCUUUGGUCAUUGUCUGAUUGUGAUGUUUGACUUGUUUAUUUUCUAUGCAGAAAUAUUUUUACAGUUUUAAUAUUCAAAACUUUGUCUUCUGUGUAAACACUAAGAAAAUAUCAGUUAAUAAAACUAAUGAAAAUCCAA